AUGGCUCAGUUGCUGGUGGAUGAUCCUGACAUUGCUGUGAAGGCGAUGCAUGCGGCAUCUCAGACUGCCACAGAGGCGAUGGGACACCUGAUGUCGCUCUUGGGGCCCGUUCAGCCAGCAGCUGCUUCCGACUUGGCGGAGGCAGCAGAGUCUGGCACGAACCCGAUGGAAGGACUUGCGAGUUUCUUCUUUGAUCCGCGGCUGCAAUGGGAUGAGAAUGGCAAUGUGCUCUUGGAUCCCCAGGGAAAUCCCCUGCCAGACAACCUUUGGACGCAAUUUGUGGCUUUCCAGGCCACGCUCAUCAAGCGCUUGGAUGAGGCAAUCUCUGGCCUCGGAAUUCCACAGUCUUUUGGUUUUGCAGUGGCCACCUACACGUUGCUCAUUCGAACUUUGCUGUACCCAUUUGUCAAGGGACAGUUGGAGACAACGGCCAAGAUCCAGGUCUUGGCGCCUCGGGUCAAUGAGCUCCGAGAAAAGUACAAGGACGAUGAGGAGCGACUCCAACAAGAAGUGGGGCUCCUUUACAUGGAUUUGCAAGUGGACCCGCUUGGUGCCGUCUUCCCGCUAUUGCUUCAGCUGCCAGUCUUCUGGGGCUUGUAUCGGGCUAUUCGCCGCCUUGCAAUCGUUGAGUACCCCCAUUUGAAGGAAGGAUUCUUGUGGAUUCCUUCUCUGUAUGGGCCCAACUUCAAGGCUGAUCCAAGCUUUGACUGGAUCAUGCAAUGGGAGGGCCCGCUCAUCAACCUGCACCCCAAGAUUGGCUGGAGCGAAUUCGGCAUUUAUGCCAUCCUGCCUCUGGCCGUCUUCGCGUCAUACCGCUCUGUGAUGUCUGAGGCCCUUGAGGAUGAGAAUGCCCCGGCACUCUUGCAAUUCACACCCUUCCUCUUGAGUUUUAUUACCAUUGAGCUCCCACAGGCAAUGGGCAUCUACAUUGCUACGAACAUUGCUUCAUCCUUUGCACUCACCAGCUACACAAAGAAUCAGAUCUCCUCGCAGAUUCCAGGCUACGAGGAAUUUGUCAAGACGGGAGAGUGGCCGGAGGGAGUUGAUGGAGAGAAAGUCUUGGAAAAAGCCUUUGGGGUGAAGCGCCUCACAGCUGAGGCUGAGCAGGACCCACAAAGUGUGCCAGAAGCAGUUUUUGCGAAUCGUGCUGACUACAUCCCCACCUUGUUGGAGAACGGCCGCAAGAUCGACGAGCUGGAUGACAAAGGAGCUAGUGACGGAGCCAGAAUCCCUGCCAGCAUGUACACUUUGGCCCUGAACAAUCCCACACUGCUGGACAGGCUCUUUGAGCUCGGUGCUGACCCACGGGCGAAGGACAAGCGUGGCAACACCUUGUUGCAUUACGCCUCCGGCUAUGGGCGAGUGGAGUUUUUGCCUCUCUUGCUCGACAAGGGGCUCAAGGACCUCUUGGAGGCCACAAAUGAGGAUGGCCAGACAUGCUUGGAUGUGGCCCGAGUGAAUCUGUCGCAGGAGAAGGUGGCAGAUGAAGUUCGCCCAGUCAUUGCCAAACUUGUUGAAGCAGGUGCUGUUGGCAAGCUGACGACAGUUGAAGAUGAAGCACGCUUUGAGAAGGUUCGAGAAGACCGGAUUGCUGAAGCGCAAGUCAAAAAAGCACGAGAUGCACUGAAAGCUCUAGCCAUGGCUGCUCAAAAACAGGAGCAUGAUGCCAAGCCUGUUGAAGAUGAGGCCAAAACUGAAGAAGCAGAGGAGCUGCUGGAUCAAAGAGUAAAGUCACCUCUCAAUGCUUCUUUGGAGCGGGUGCGUUCACUGAGUGUGGAAGAGCUCAGAGAACGCAUGGGUGAUAAGAUGUCUGAGGAGCAGCUUCAAAAGCUCUCGCAGAAGCUUUCCACCAUGAGCCCCGAAGACUUGGCCAAAUUCGCUGCAGGCUUGCCAACCGUCAAGGCUGAGGCAGAGCGCCAAAAAGAGGCAGAGGAAAAGCGAGCAAGAACGCUACUAGGGGCUCCUGGCAUCGCUACUAGGAGCAAGAACGCUGCAAUGCUUCAUUUCCAGGACUGGAGAGGUGGUGUUCGCAGGACAGCAGUCGACGCGUUAGCCCGUUUAUUCGCAGGUGGUUUGGCAAAGGACACCGUGCUGACCAAGCUUGUUGCUUGCAUUGAGGACCAAGAUGCGGAGGUUCGACGCUCAACCGCGCGUACUUUAGUCACCAUCUGCCCUGAAGGCAAUCAGGCGACGCUGGCUGCCCUGGCGGGAAAGAUCAAGGGCCCUUUGCGAGAGUUGCACGCCCUUGCCACAGAGGUUUUGUGGACGGUUGCCAAGCCUGGAGAUGCAAAAGUCAUCAAGUUGCUGUCGCAUUUGCUUCAGUCGCCCCUUUGCUGCAUUUGGGUGGGCCGGUACCAAGUUGCACUGCUGCCGUUGCAGCGCUUCCAGGAUUCGCAAGAUGAAGCCGAUGCUAACCAGGGUGAUGCCAGUCCUGCAGAGCCAGUGAUCGAGGCAGUUCUUUCCAAGCAGCUGGGCACCUCAGACAGCUCGUGGUGA